AUGUCAACUGCUGUUCUGAACCCUUCCCUGGACGGCGUGCACCACAAAAGGAAGAGAUCCACAUCGCCAGAGAUUGACGGGGGGCCGCCUGCAAGUCGCCGCAGGUCACAUUCGCCAGCAGCACCACCAGUCGAUUUGCCGCGGGUCCAAGAUGCCGACCCAGUACGUCGCGCAGAGAGAGAGCGCCAGCUUGCUGCCAGAAUGGCUGCCAUAGAGCUCGAAAAGACUGACAAGCCAGACAAACCCAAACCCGGCUCCGAUGCCUUGGCCGAAUUUGCGAAGCUCGUUGGCUCGCGCUCGGGCGGUGUGUACGUACCCCCAGCUCGGCUACGUGCCAUGCAGGAGGCUGCAUCAGGGAACAAGGCCAGCCCCGAGUAUCAGCGCCUCUCUUGGGACGCCCUGCGCAAGUCGAUCACAGGUAUAGUCAAUCGAGUCAAUGUGCAAAACAUCAAACAAGUCGUUCCCGAGCUGUUUGGGGAGAAUCUCGUUCGCGGCAGAGGGCUCUUCGCGCGGAGCAUAAUGAAGGCGCAGGCUGCGAGUUUGCCGUUCACGCCGGUUUUUGCUGCGCUGGUCUCGAUUGUCAACACGAAACUUCCGCAAGUGGGAGAGCUUGUGUUGACUCGGCUGAUUAGUCAGUUUCGGAGAGCGUUCAAGCGUAACGAUAAAAUUGUCUGCAAUUCGACUACUACGUUCAUAGCGCAUCUCGUCAACCAGGCGGUCGCGCAUGAGAUAAUUGCUCUCCAAAUCCUUGUCCUACUCCUCGAACGGCCGACAGAUGACUCCAUCGAGAUUGCCGUCGGUUUCACCAGGGAAGUCGGUGCAUUCCUGGCCGAAAACUCUCCAAAAGCCAACGCCACUGUGUUCGAACGUUUCCGUGCUGUCCUCAACGAAGGCUCGAUCAGCCAAAGAGUCCAAUACAUGAUCGAAGUUUUGAUGCAAGUACGCAAGGACAAGUACAAAGACAAUCCCAUUCUCCCGGAAGGUUUGGAUCUCGUAGAGGAAGAUGAGCAGAUCACGCAUCAGAUACAGCUGGAGGAGGAGCUUCAGGUUCAAGAAGGACUGAAUAUCUUCAAGUUCGACGCGAAUUUCUUGGAGAACGAGGAAAAAUACAAAGCCAUAAAAGCGGAGAUUUUAGGCGAGGAUUCCGAUGACGACUCUGGUUCUGAAGAGUCGAGUGAGGAAUCUGACGAUGAUCAGGAAGUCGCCGAAGAGAAAGAAGGCAUCGAAGAUCGAACAGGGACGAAUGUCGUGAAUCUGCGCCGUAUCAUUUAUCUCACGAUCAUGAACGCAUUGAACUAUGAAGAAGCGGUACAUAAGCUGCUCAAAGUACAAUUGGGCGAGGGAGAGGAGAUCGAGAUGAUAAACAUGUUGAUUGAGUGUUGUUCCCAAGAACGCUCGUAUUCAAAAUUCUACGGCCUCGUUGGCGAACGGUUCAGCAAGCUGAAUCGCGUAUGGACCGAGUGCCUAGAGGAGGCCUUCCAGACAUACUAUGACACAAUCCAUCGGUACGAAACGAAUCGCCUGCGAAACAUCGCCAAAUUCUUUGGAUACCUCCUCUCUUCCGACGCCAUCACCUGGACGGUCAUGCGAUGCAUCAAAAUUAAUGAAGACGACACGACCUCCAGUAGCCGUAUCUUCGUGAAGAUCAUGAUGAACGAGAUGAUGGAGAGUAUGGGGCUGAAGGAGCUGGCGGAGCGGUUCAAGGAUCCUGAAAUUAGGAUCGCCUGUGAGGGGAUGUUCCCCAUGGAUAUCCCGAAGAACACGAGGUUCUCCAUCAAUUACUUCACUAGCAUUGGGCUCGGCGCGCUCACUGAGGAUAUGCGUGAGUACUUGAAGAAUGCUCCUCGUAUCAUCAUGGAGCAGCGACGGGCCAUGCUCGAAGAGGAGACGUCGUCCUCCGACUCGGAUUCGUCGGACUCGGACUCAGACUCGGAUUCAGACUCGUCGUCCUCCGAUUCUACGGACACGCGCUCGAGUGGUAGCGGCCGUCGCCGUCGGCGUUCGUACACACCCCCAAGCCGUUCUCGCGGGCCAAGAACAGAGGUGUCCCGCCUGCCCUCUCCCCCUUCACGCCGCCGCGACCGUUCUGAUUCACGUACGCCGCCUCCCCGACGUCACGGCAGGGGUCGCGAGGAUUCGCGGAGUCCGCCUCGCAGGCCUGCUGGCGACAGAUCGCCGCCCCCGCCGCCACGGCAGAAGUACAGGUCCCCAUCUCCCCGCCGGCCGCGUGGUCGGGCAGACAGUCGGUCCCGCUCGCCACCUCCCAAAGUGCGUGGCUAUAGGGACGGCUCAGUUGAUCGCAGAGACGGCAGAGAUGAUAGGGAUAGACGGCCGUCUCCAUCGAGGUAUAACGAUACUAGGGAUAGGUAUGGUAGAGAUGACCGCGACAGGAGGAGGUGA